CACAUUACUGAUAAUAAUGAAAAUAAAACUUCCAAAACAGCAUUAAUCUGAAUUGGUUGGAUUCUAAAUUUUAAUUUCAAAAAAUGAGUAAACGGAAACUUCCAUCAGGAUCAGUAGCACUAAGCCAAUACAGAGAUCAGCAUUUCAGGGGUAAUCGAGGAGAACAAGAAAAGUUUCUCCUAACAAGUACAACACUGUAUGUCGGAAACUUGUCAUUCUUCACCAGUGAAGCUCAAAUUUAUGAACUAUUCAGUCGAGCUGGAGAUGUUAAGAAAAUUAUUAUGGGGUUAGAUAAGGUUCAGAAAACGCCUUGCGGAUUCUGUUUCGUGGAAUACUAUACUAGACCAGAUGCUGAAAAUUGUAUGCGAUACGUCAAUGGCACACGUCUUGAUGACAGAAUUAUUCGUACAGAUUGGGACGCUGGGUUCAAAGAGGGUCGUCAAUAUGGAAGAGGAAAGACUGGUGGCCAGGUAAGAGAUGAAUAUAGGACAGAUUUUGAUGAAGCUCGAGGAGGAUAUGGCAAAAUGUUGGCUAGCAAAAUAAGACGAACAUCAGAUAUAUCAUCUUGACAUGCUUUUUUUUUUUUUUUUGUUGUUUUCAUUUUCUUUUUGUUCAUAUUGUAUGAUUGAGUGCCCACUGUCGGUACUUUUUCAAGUUUUGUUCAGAAAUAUCACAGGAGGUGUCUGAUUCUCUUGUUCUGUUCUUUUAACUCCAUUGAUGUGAAAUGUGACACCACUGUUUUAUUUGGAAAUGGUGUUAUGAGCAUUGCUUAUUGUCUUAUUAUAGAACAUUUGUGUACAUUUAAUAUGUUCAAUUGAAUAUGAAUUCUUUUAAUAAAUUUUAAAAAGUC